UCACAUGUUACUCAGCCCAAGUGCUGGCUGAAGUGAGAGGGGCAGGGUUCAGGCAGUGCUGGGUCCAGUCUCGCUCCUCCAGCCCCAGCAUGAGCCCAUCUAAAAAGAAGAGGCCCAAGAAUAGAGUGGUUUCCAAGAUGCAAGAUAAGAAACUGCAGGACAAGAUAAAUCAGCCUGUCAGCAAACUAAUUGAGCGGAACCGACUUAAAAUGGUAUUAAAAAAAUUGUCCCUCUUGAAGUUACUCAAGAGCUCGAAUAGCCGGAUCCAAGAACUGCAUAGCCUGGCCAGAAGGUGCUGGAAUUCAAUGCUCAGAGUUCCCAAGAUCCUCCAGAUCUCCUCUAGGGACACUGAUGUCUGCAAGAAAGGGAAACAAAAUAAUGAAGAGCUCCAAGGGAUUAGAGCCCUUGAGAAGAAACCGGAAUCUAAGAAAGCAAAAUCCAUAGAGGAACCUAAGGAAAAAACGUCCAACCAAAGGUUGUCCAACCAAAGGUCAAAGGGGUCACCUGCAGUAGUGCCACAGAGAAAAAAGCAGGCAAAGUCUGAAGUCCCCAAGAUAUCCAAGAGUUGUGGCUUGCAUACCAGAGCCCAGAAGAGGAAGCCACAUGUUAAGAAGCCCAGAAUUGUCUUCCUGAAGACCUACCAUCACAGAGCUCCCACGAUGAACAAGAAACCACUGGAUGUAACUGACCAGUUAGUCUGGUUUGAGGGGCUUCCCACACGCAUCCACCUCCCAGGGCGCCGGAUCAUGUGCAGAUCGUCUACCCUACGCUGCGUCAAGCGCUCCUGUACCCGUUUCUGCUCUGCGUCCCUUUGAGCUGCCUAUGCACCAUCCACAUGAGGUGUUGUAACCCUGGAUGGCAAUUUGAAGUGUAAGAAGAGAAGUAGAAAUCCUGCAAUCAGCUAAAUAGGAGGGAAUUUCGUGAGUCUACAAAUAAAAUCUCCCAUAUGCCACUGAACAAUA